AAUCAUUUAAAAGUAACAUAUGCUAUUAUAACACCCCCAUAAAGAUAAUGGUCUAGUUCACCAAAAUGGCAGCCAUGUCGAGAGGAGUUUGUGCGUUUCUUGCUGUCGUUUUGCUGAUGUUUUGCCUCUACGAACCCUUAAGUGUCUUGGCACAUUCAAUCAACGAACAGCUGUACUUUGAGAUUUUGUACCCUGAGGACAUCAACUACCUUUUCAAGAUCAGGCCAGCCAAGGACUUUGGAGCACCAUUUAACUUUCAUUACGAUCACAUCCAUCUAGUGCCCACAGAUCCCGCCCAGUCUUGCACUGUACUUAACAAUGGACAAGCCUUGCAGGGAGCCAUUGCUAUGGUAGAGAGAGGCGGAUGCUCCUUCAUGUCAAAAGCCCUGACUGUGGAGCAGUACGGGGCGGUUGCUGUGGUGAUCUAUGACAGCAAUCAGCAGGACAUCGAGCACUGGGUGGACAUGAUUCAGGACGAGACGGAGAGGGACACCAGCAUCGCAGCAGCUUUUCUGUUAGGGAAGGACGGGUCCAUGAUCAAGCGGUCCCUGCAGGCGCACCAUCUGCCGGCAGCCACAAUCAGCAUCCCUGUCAACAUCACCUCCGUCCCUCUCAACGGGUUCAAGCAGCCUCCGUGGAGCUUCUGGUGACAGACCCUGGUCAUUUCAUCUGUGUUCUGCUCAAGGUUUUAAGUUUCCACGUAAAUUAUAAUGAGAGAGUCAGAGGCAGACAAGCUGACAGUGAGCCAUUCUGGUAGAGUAUUUCCCUUUGAACAACUAUAAGAAUGUAAGUCUAGAAGAAGGUGAGAAAGUGGACUGACAAGUUUUGUGUUCAUCUGUUGCUGCAUAUUUUAUUGUCCUGGAAGAUUACUGGCAAAAUAUAGAGGGUGAUGUAUUCACUUAUCUACAUUUCAUUAUAUCCAUCUCUGUGACUGUAUCUAAUUUGACCCUUCUACAUUGUAUGUGUACUUAAAUUUUCAAUCAGCCUUGUCAUCUGAUAGUAAAUACUAGUAGCGUUCAAUUUAACUGCAAAAAUGUUACAUUGGCAUGUUGUAGGUACAUGUCUAGUCUCUACCAGACUAACUAUACUAGAUGUAAGGAGAAUAACUUGCCAGGGCCACUGCAGGGUUUGACUAGCCAGUUACAAGUUUUAUCUUCCCAUGAACUGACUCUCCUGGCCAAUCAUUCCCUUUUUUGCCAAAUUCUAUGGUCCAUUCCCCCAAAGAAAUUUCUGGUGGAAGCUAGUACUUGUCUAUUACAUAUACUAGUCAAAAAUCAAUGGUGAUAUGAGUUUCUGCUGAUGUAUUCAGUGCUGUACUGUGACAGGUAGACUACUGUCAUGAAUGCCCAAUAUGAUGUUCUGUAAGUUAGAUUGUUUUAUGCCUCCUGUUAUAUGAUACAAAUUAUGGCAAAGCUGGCAACUUACACUGUCAGUACAUGUAUGUCCCUACUAGGCAUAGACUGGGUUAAUGCCCAUUUGUUGUAAGAUCAUGUGUUACAUAAUCAAAGUUGUUUUUUAAUUUAUCACUUUUUAAAGAAAAAAGUGUCUUUAUCUAUUCUGUCUAUAAAAGACUGAUAUAAAACUAUUCAGAUGUUUUUGUAUAAUUCUGUGGAACAAGAAGAUAAGCUACAUGUAUUAUGAUAGAGGUCAUCACAACAACAUGCACUAGCUGCUCUGAUUAAACAGCAAAAAGAUAUGAGAAUCUAGUACAUGUAUCACAAAUUUAGACCUUGUGAUUAUAAUGUUACAUGUACCACAAUAGCAAUGGAUCAUCUUAGUAAUCAUAGUAAUAUAUGUCUAUGGAAAUGUGAAAUGCUUAUGAAGGUGUGCAAUGCUGAAACUUAAGCUCACAUAGCUUGAAAAUAUCAGUUAACUUGUAAAGAGGUUAUGUAAAAGAUGGAGAUGGAGAAAUACAUUGCAUACAAGUCAUUGCUCAUGA